UCAUUACAGCAGAGAUAGGGGGGUAAAUGGGAUCAGAGUUGGAGAGGGAUUAACCUCCUAAUGGUGCUCUAUAUAGAGCUUUGAUGGUGUAAUCCGCACAGUUACCACAGAUUCAGCACAGCCACUAAAAGAACGAGUUCAAUCUCUCUCUUCUACUGUACCACGGCUGAAAGAAAAGGACAGGAAAAAUACAUAAGGGAUACAAAAAUAAAAAGAAGAGAAAAUAAGCUUUAUUAUUUAGAAGGAAAUCUACUACUGAGGUUGACAAGCCAUUAACAUCAUAAGAACAAGGAUAUCAACACCAUAAACAACAGCAAUUCAACACUACAAGGUGCCAAAAAGACACAAAUAUGACUAAGGGAAAGCAGCAAAAGGAAGUUGAGUUGAAAGAAGUUGAGUUGGAUGAACUGUCUCCAAGGACAGGCAAAGAACACCCACCCAGCUAUGAAGAGGCUACUGCAGAUUAUGAGGAGAUGCAAACCCAGUUCUCUUGGGAUGACCAGGCCAUCAGGAGGAUCUUCAUCAGAAAGGUCUAUGCCAUCCUGAUGAUCCAACUCUGUGUGACUGUGGCCAUUGUUGCGCUCUUCACAUUCUGUGCACCAGUGAGGUUCUACAUUCAGACACACCCCCUCCUGUACAUGUGCUCCUACAUGAUGUUCUUGGCCACCUACAUCGCAUUGAACUGCUGUGGUGAACAAAUCAGGAGACAGUUUCUCUGGAACCUUGUUCUGCUGGCUCUCUUUACUCUCAGCCUGGCCUGCAUGAUGGGCUUUGUGUCCAGCUUCUACAACACCAAGUCAGUGGUCCUGUGUCUAGGCAUCACUGCUCUGGUGUGUAUGUCUGUCACCAUCUUCAGCUUCCAGACCAAGAUUGACUUCACCUCCUCCCAGGGAGUCCUGUUUGUCCUGACCAUGGUCAUGCUGUUCUGUUGCAUCAUACUCUCCAUCGUCAUCCCCUUCGGAUAUGUGUCCUGGUUACAAGCCAUCUAUGCUGUGAUAGGAGCUAUCCUCUUCACUCUGUUUCUGGCGUUUGACACCCAGCUGCUGAUAGGCAACAAGCGCUACACUAUGAGUCCAGAGGAGUACGUCUUUGCCACCCUGAACCUCUACCUGGACAUAGUAAACCUGUUCAGCUUCCUAUUGUCAUGUUUUGGAGGGGGCCGUGACUGAUAAAUCUGUCUACCCGUCUGUCUCUCAAUCUGUUGGGAAACAUAAAAACAUCUAUCAAAUUAGAUGUCUGUCUAUUUCUCAUUUGGACCACAUGGGUGUUUUGGCUCACUGCACUCCCUCAGCCCAAUCUCCCUCAACCUUAGAACUUAAAGUGGCACUCCAGUCUCCUUUUCACCUCAUUUAACACCCGAUUAUCUGAACAAAAGGCACAUCUCAAUAGGUUGUCCAGUUAUGUCCCACUCCUUGAUAUUUGAAGUUAUGUCUAAAAACCACUAUUUUUCUCAAAACAUAUAUAUUUUUUUACCCUUUAUUGUGUGUACUUUACUGUAUUUAUACUUGGGAUAUCGCUUUUCAACAGUAAAAGUUUUUUUUAAAUAACUAGAGGACGUCUUUAAGAGCUUCUUUCAUUUCUCUCUUCUUCUCAAACAACCCUGGUUCUUCUGUGAUAAAAAAAUAGGAUAUUUCUCACGUCUCAUAGUCUCUCGUCCUGACAGGCUGUUUACCUUUAAAUUGAGCAGCAGGCCAGCGAACACACAAGAUUUGGUUCUGGGUGCCGAGAUUGCAUACCUCACCUUAUUUAUGGCGAACAGUUGGAGAGCAGGUCAGCUUUGGGAAACAACAAACCUGGCCAUUACUUAGAAGGGCACUUACAGUAAGUAAGUAGUGUGUUUGUCGUCUGCUCUGUGUUAGGAAAUGAGGGUUACAGAAGCACAUAACGAUAAAUAGCAUUAACAUUUUGAGUCACAGAAUGUUGGCGACACUGAUCUAAUACUAAAACAGUAUAAUACUUCAACUUAUUGUUCUUUCUAGUUCUUUCUAGUCCGAUUUCUGGUUCUUGUCUGUCAUCAACGCAGCACAAAGAAGACAAAAACAAGUAACCAUUGAUACUGUAUCUUUCAAGCAUGCUAUCUUUCUGUAAAUAUACCUGUUUCCUGUUUUCCUAAACUAUCAUAUUGAUUCAGGAAAUCUUUGGAACUCAGCAGGGUUGAGUUUAAUUGUCUUAACUGUAGUUUUGAUAUGACAGAGUAUCUUCAGAUGCGUUUCCUAGAUUACAUUUUAUUGUCAGUUAUUUUGUACAUUUUUACAGAUUCUGAUCUGGAUCAAAUACAUUGCUAAGUUUCCAGCUUGGAACUACAUACUGGAACUUCCAGGUAUGGCCAGAUAAUAUUUUCCAAACUACAAUGUGAUUAGAGUAGUUUCUAUAUGGUCAUGAAGGCUCUGUAUCGUGUACAGAUUGCUUUUAUGCACGUUUAGCUACACAGAUACAUACCAGACACAUACAGAAUGACUUCAAAUCCAAAGGGAAGAAGUUUCAUGAACAAUCCUAUUAGAUCCUACAAUUGGUUUAUCAGUUGCAAGUUCUAUUGUGACUCCUCUGUAAAGGUUAAUGUAUAGCCUUUUGAAUGCAGUAUCAUUAUUACAGUGUCAAGGCUUGGUCAAUAAAGUUGUGUUUGGAUGUUACUAUGAUCAGCCAAAGGGAAAGGAGCUCGCACCUUUUCGAUGGAUAUCAAUCACUUUGGUUACCACAUUGAAAAAUGUAUAUUUAAACAAACAUAAUACGAUUCGCUCAACACUAAAAUAAACUUGGAAUUUUUAUGUAA